GUGUUUUUGAGCUUACGCUAAAUUUCGGUGCUCAACAUUUAUCUUAAAGUUUGUAAGGCGAUCUGCAACUUUUGCGUAACUCUCCGCCAUGGCGGUGGAGACCCGUGUGCUCGCUCUGCUGGUGCCAGUCUACCCGGACAUGCGCUCUUCCUCUCAUCAUAUCUCCCCAAAGCUACAACGUACCGCUGACGACUGGCUCAAACUCGUGUUCUCCACGUCGGACGGCAUUGUGGAGAAAGAAGCUGCGUGCAUCAAUCGCCACGACGGCUGUCGCUGUGAUUACGUGCGACUACUGAGAGCGAUGAUGUUGCUGAGCGAAAAGGAAACUCUAAUCGUUUCCUUUGUGGCAACCAAUUGACAAUAAAUUGGUUGCCACAUUGGAAAUGGAUGUGCAAGUGCACCGCCACGCCGAUAUUAGCGA